GAGCUGGUCCAGUCUGUGGAGCUGCGCUGCACGGUAGAUGUGUCCAACGACUCCGUGGAGCCGGUGGACAGCAGCGACGGGAUCACCGAGGUCAAGGUGCAGGAGAAGAAGAGUGACGCCUGCCACGACGCCGUGAAGGCACCCAACGGUUUAGUCGUUGGGCGUGCCAGCGAGAAGGACGAUAACAAGAGCAUUGGCUACUUGGGUUCUUCCGGCCACGAGGCGUUGGUCACGACGCCGCAGCUGAACCAGCCGCCCCAGCGCACCUCGGAUCCGCGG